CCCGCACGGCUGCGGGGCCGCACGGGCGCACCGCGGAGCUGCGGGCUCGGAGCGCUCCGAGCGCAUCGCCCGGGCCCGGCAGCGCUCCCCGCACACCGCCGGGCAGGGCACCCGCUGCUCCCCUCAGCCGGGCCCUCGCCGCCCCGCAUCGCCAAGGACCAGGCCACAACCCCAUUCCUCCUCCCGGGACGGCGAGAAGCCAGCGGAACAGCGCUCCUUUCAGCACGGCCGGCCCCGCCCCGCUCCCGGCACCCACCGUGCGGGGCGGAGGGCGCGGAGCCGGCGGCGCAGGAAACAAACGGCUUCUAAUGCGAGGAGCGCGAUGAGAUUCGGUUGCCUUUCCUUCCGACAGCCCUACGCAGGGUUGCUUCUAAAUCAAGUCAAAACAGUAGAGACUCGCUGGCGUCCUUUGCUAGCAGGGUACAAGAACUGCACCAUUGCUAUUCAUAUAGCUGUUAAGGACUGGGAAGAUGAAACAUGGAGAGAAAUUCUUCUGAAUAGGUUCGGCAUGACUCCAAAACAACUGCAAGAUUUGUUGGAUGAAGGGGAAAAAUAUGGCAGAGGAGUUAUUGCAGGUUUAAUUGACAUUGGAGAGACAUCACUAUAUCCAGAAAACCUGCCUCCUGAAGAGAUUCUGGAGCUGGAAAACAAAGCUGUCCUCAGUAAUCUAGAACAGAAAUACUUGACUGUUGUUUCAAAUCCCAGAUGGCUCCUGGAACCAAUUCCUGCCAGAGGGAGAACUGGGGUGUGGCAGGUGGACAUCCCUGAAGAACUGAUCCCUUCAGAAUUGCACACAAGAUGAAUACAGCUCUGUGACCUGACAUUACAGAAAGUCCAUUUUGAGAAGGUGCUUGUACAAAAUGAAAUUGAGCAAGUAUUACAUUUUUUCCCCUCUUAAAUAAGAUGAAAAAAACUAUCUUUGAAAAUAAAAUACUGAAUUCAAAACAAGUGUGAAAAAUUACAAAUAAUAGCCACUAAGCUUUGGCACUCUCAAGAGUUUUUCAUUACAGUGAAACUCCUUUUACUUUUCUGGAGCAAGGCCACACCUAGGCAUGGCUCUAAGAACAAGACAAGUGGCAGAGCCUUUGUAUUCAGACACUUUACUGGGGCACUUAGGAACCUGUUCCCUUGAACUGUAGCACUUCUGCCAGAGCUGUGGCCCAGAGCCAAUGCCUGCAGCUCCACUGUGUGAACCACACACGGAGCUGAGCCAUGACCUGGACACAGAGCAAGCUGCUGCCAGCACAGCUGCAGGGGUGGGAAGUGACUGCAGGGCAGGGCUGGGUCAGUUCCCUGAGCAGCUCCCUGGCCCCAGCCAGGCCCUGCUGUGCCUCAGCUGAAGGGAAGGUGCAGAGGCUGGAGCUGCUCUGUGUUUGGGCAGCAGCAGAUGGAGCUGUAUGGGCACCACUGCCUGGAGGUGCCUUAGCACAGUGCUUGGCAGGUGAGGCCUCCCCCAAUGCACAGCUGUGCCUGUUCUCCCUCGCCCCUGCUGUGCAUGGACUGCUCUCCUCCUGGGACGUGUUUCUCGUUAAAGCUCCGUGUCUGGCUUUCUUUUCCAUGGUGGUGUGCAGGCAAAUUGAUGUCCAGUAACAAUCCCGCUGCUGUUUGAUUUGUUGAACCAGAAUAUAAUAAAAUGUAUAUAAAUAAUAUAAAAAAUAAAACUGCAACAAAAUUUAACUGUGGGAUGGGACAGUGCUGGGUUGGGUUUCAGGAAGUAGCUGGUCCACAGGCAAGAAAGGGGAGCUCUGGAGCAUCAGAAAUGGAAGUGCUGCAUUCAAGUUUUUCAGGCAUACACCUUGAACACAUGCAGAAAUUUCCACAGAGUCCCUGCUCUUCCUGCCAUUCUAACACUAAAGAAAUGAAACCCAAGGUAUCUAACCUAUCUGAACUGUGGGUUACCUAAACAGAGAAAGCAGCUGCAAGGGUUUGGGAAUAUGAAACAUCUGGUUUUAUAAACUACAGGACUACACAUUUCAUAGACUCCAUUUCUCCAAAGCAUCUUUAAGUCCACGGCACACUGUCGGAGCAGGUCUUCCUUCAGACAAGAAAAUGCUAUGCCAACACCAACAAGAUCCUAUCUUGAAAAGUUUAAUCAUUUACACUGACCAACACAAAGUUGGUAACAAAGACCAAGCUAUGAUAUUUAUACCAGCUAACCAACAGCUGUGAAACCUACCACAAAUGUUUCUGGCAUAGACCACAAAAUGUGAGAAACAGCUUAUUACACAGCCAAUCUAAUGGGAGAA